AUGGACAACGUAGCAUUUAUUCAAUUGAUUUUGUUUGCAUACUUAUGCAUCCAUAUCUUCUUCUUUAGCCGUAGCAGAAAAAACACCAAAUAUCGCAAGCUACCACCUGGUCCUCCCAAUUAUCCCAUCAUAGGAAACAUUUUACAGCUAUGGCCAUCAAAACUGCACCAAGAACUUCAUAAGCUUUCCAAAACUUAUGGACCUAUUAUGACUGUUAAAAUAGGCACCAUCACCACUGUGGUAAUUUCCUCUCCAAAUAUAGCCAAAGAAGCCCUUCACAAAAAAGACCGAGCCUUAGCAAGUCGAUUCAUACCUGAGUCUGUUCAAGCACUUUCACAUGAUCAAUCUUCUGUAGUAUUCCUCCCUGUGUCAUCAAAAUGGAACACUCUUAGAAAAGUUUGUGCCACCAAAAUUUUCUCCACUCACCAACUUGAUUCCACCCAAUCUCUACGCCAUAGAAAGAUGAAGGAGCUGCUCGAUUACUUGCACGAAAAUUGCGAAAAGGGUCGCGCGGUUGAUAUUGGUGAGACUGCGUUCACUACAGUGCUUAACGCAAUAUCAAACACCCUUUUUUCCCUUGACUUGGCUUCUUAUAGUUCUGGUGUUUCUCAGAAGUUUCGAAGUGUUAUUUCUAGUGUGCUCGCGGAAGCUUCGAAGCCUAAUGUUGCAGACUAUUACCCUGUUUUUCGUAGACUUGAUCCGCAGGGAGCACGACGAAGGAUGAAACGCUAUUACCGAACGUUACUUGAUGUGUUUGAUUGUAUUGUUGAAGAAAGAAUUCAGAGUGUAGAUUCCGUUGACGGAAAUGAUGUGUUAGAGUCGUUUCUUGAUAUCACCAGAAGGGAAAAUUCAGAAUUAACACGCCAUGAUGUGUUGCAUCUAUUUCUGGACUUAUUCGUGGCUGGAUUAGACACCACAUCCGCCACAAUAGAGUGGGUUAUGGCAGAGUUGCUGCACAAUCCUGAAAAACUAUCAAAAACAAAAAGGGAACUUGAAAAAGUUUUUAGUGAAAGUGGGUUUGAACCUGAAGAUUCAACUAUAUCUAAGCUCACUUACCUACAAGCCGUCGUGAAGGAAACGCUUAGAUUGCACCCAACAGCCCCAAUAUUAAUUCACAAAUCAGUAGCUGAAGUAGAUAUAUGUGGCUUUCAGGUUCCCAAAGAUGCACAAGUUCUUGUUAAUGUAUGGAGCACGGGGCGAGAUUCAAGCAUUUGGACAGACCCAAAUUCAUUUGUACCUGAAAGAUUUUUAGGGAACGAAGAUUUCAAAGGAGAAGAUCAUGGUUUCAUUCCUUUUGGGUCUGGUAGAAGAAUGUGCCCUGGUGUUGCACUGGCUAAUAGAAUUGUUCAUACCAUGUUGGCUUCACUUCUGUACCAUUUUGAUUGGAAGCUAGAAGAUGGGGAAAAACCACAGGACAUGGACAUGACUGAAAAAUUCAGCAUUACUUUACAUAAAGUCAAGCCUCUGAAGACAAUUCCCAUUAGAAAAUGACAAAUUGUUCAAUAAGAUUUGUGUAUAAAUUUGACAAGCACAAUCUCCGGACUUCCACAUAUAGAAUGAUGCGUGUAGUACGCUAUAAAUGAAGUAUUAUAAAUUGUAUCUA